CCCGAAGUGAAAGUGCAGGAUGAGUUUGCGCGUGGAAGACAGAAGUGUGGGAAAGAAGAGACCCCGACCGUCGACCGCUUUAAUAUGGCCUGCCCUCCCCCUCGCCGCGGCCAAAGCUACUACCCUUCCAACCUUUCCCCACCAAGUUACCCCCCACCCCACCUUCACCUUCACCGCCCGGCAACCGCGCUUCGGGGUGUUCCACGUGUUCGCCGCGGCGCUGCCAGAGACGAAUGGACACGUGAUUCGCUCUUCCAGGGCAUGGACUCACCGGACCAGAGGGAAUUCUUCGGUAAAAUGCUAUUAUUUUAUCUUUAUCACAGCAUGAUUCUUAUCGCUUGGAUGAUUGAUUAGGACAGGGUCCGGAUAACUUACUGUACUGUAAGUUACCUCGGAUGGAGGGGUAAAAAUAAAAU